AUGGCAAGGAAACUCAGUGUACUGGAAGUCCUUUUGUUCAUCUUCGUGCUGAUUGUAGUGGUUGUGGAUAUUCUCUUGUUGGUGCUUGUGUUGGAGCAACCUUCAGAGUCUGCAUUUAUUCCAGAGUGCCCAGAGAUCUCUCAGGCAGAAAGGAUAGACUGCGCACCCGGACAGGCCGUGACAGAGGACACUUGCAGAAGGCAAUAUAAGUGCUGCUGGAAUUCUGUGGCAGAGACCAAUGUCCCUAGGUGCUUCUUCCCCAGAAACUGGGGCUAUGAAGUCAGCAGGGGCCAAACAAAUACAAGCACAGGGUUCACUGCCCAGUUGAGAAAGUUGCCGUCCCCAUCUCUGUUUGGAAGUGAUGUCGCCAACGCCCUCCUCACAGCUGAAUUUCAGACGUCCAGUCGUUUUCGUUUUAAGAUCACUGAUUUCAAUGCGAUCCGCUAUGAAGUCCCCUCUGAAAACAUCAAUUUGCUUAAUGGCACUGCCGAUAUCUCCAGUUUGAGCUACCACGUAGAGGUCACUGACAAACCCUUUAGCAUCAGAAUAAUGAGGAAGAGCAACGGAAGAGUCUUGUUGGACACCAGCAUUGGGCCCCUCCAGUUUGCCCAGCAGUUCCUGCAGCUGUCUUUCCGACUACCCAGCACCAACGUGUUUGGACUGGGGGAGCACGUGCACCAACGGUACCGCCACGACAUGUCCUGGAAGACCUGGCCCAUCUUCACCAGGGAUGCCGCCCCCACUGCGGGCAUGAGUAACCUGUAUGGAGCACACACAUUCUUCUUGUGCCUUGAAGACACCAGUGGUUCCUCUUUUGGAGUUUUUCUGAUGAACAGUAAUGCCAUGGAGGUCGCCCUUCAACCUGCCCCUGCCGUCACUUACCGCACGAUCGGGGGCAUUCUCGACUUCUACGUGUUCCUGGGAAACACUCCAGAGCAAGUGGUCCAGGAGUACCUGGAGCUUGUUGGACGACCUUUCUUUCCUUCCUACUGGAGUCUUGGGUUCCAACUUAGUCGCAGGGAUUAUGGUGGCAUGGAUGGGUUGAAAAAGGUGGUAGAACGAACUCGUGAAGCUGGGAUCCCAUAUGAUGUCCAGUAUGCUGAUAUAGACUACAUGGAUGGAAUGAAGGAUUUCACUAUUGAUGAACGGGGUUACCCUGAUCUCCCAGAUUUUGUCAAGGAGUUACAUGACAAUGGCCAGAAAUAUAUAAUUAUAACGAAUCCUGGUAUCCUCAAAGAUUAUGACUAUGAAACAUAUAAAAAUGGAAGACUAAAGAGAGUAUGGAUCUUGGAGAACAAUGACUUUGCUGUUGGGGAGGGACACCCUGGACCAACUGUCUUUCCUGAUUUCAGCAAUCCAGUGUGUAAGGAGUGGUGGAUAGAGGAGUUCACUGAAUUUCAUGAGCGUCUGGACUUUGAUGGAGUGUGGAUUGAAAUGGAUGAAGUAACUAGCUUUCUCCAAGGUUCUGAUCAUAGGUGUGAAUCAAACAACUUGAACUUUCCGCCUUUCACUCCUGGCAUUCUAGACCACUCACUGUUUGCAAGAACUCUCUGCAUGGACACAGAGUUUUACUGGGGCCUUCACUAUGAUGUCCACAGCUUGUACGGCUACUCCAUGGCUAGAGCCACACACUCGGCCAUGGAGACUAUCUUCUCCAAUAAUAGGAGCUUCAUCUUAUCCCGUUCUACUUUUGCUGGAUCUGGUAAAUUUGCUGCUCAUUGGCUGGGGGACAAUGCAGCUACCUGGGAUGACCUCCGAUGGUCCAUCCCUGGUAUCCUUGAGUUCAACCUGUUUGGCAUCCCCAUGGUAGGUGCCAACAUCUGUGGUUAUAAAGAAAACGUCACAGAGGAGCUCUGCAGAAGGUGGAUGCAACUUGGAGCAUUUUAUCCAUUAUCAAGGAAUCACAAUGGGCCUGGGUUCAGGGACCAGGAUCCUGCUGCCUUUGGUUCUGACUCCCUGCUGUUAAAUUCCUCCAGACAUUAUCUGAACAUCCGCUAUACCCUGUUGCCCUAUCUCUACACCCUCUUCUACCGCGCUCACACCCAGGGGCAGACGGUAGCAAGGCCCCUGCUGCAUGAGUUCUACCAGGACCCAGCCACGUGGGAAGUGCACGAGCAGUUCUUGUGGGGGCCUGGACUGCUCAUCACACCUGUCCUGUAUGAAGGUGCAGAUCAAGUGAGAGCGUACAUUCCAGAUGCCACCUGGUAUGACUACGAGACAGGAGAAGCCAUCCAGUGGAGGAAGCAGUUUGUGGAUAUGCUACUCCCAGGCGAUAGGAUCGGGCUUCACCUUCGAGGGGGCUACAUAUUUCCCACCCAGCAGCCGAGCACAACCACAGAAAUCAGCCGGAAGAAUUCCCUGGGACUCAUUGUCGCCUUGGACUAUAAGAGAGAAGCCAAGGGAGAGCUGUACUGGGAUGACGGUGUGACUAAAGAUGCUGUUACUAAGAACAUGUAUACUCUGUAUGACUUCUCUGUUACUUCUAACCGUCUACAGGCAAAGAUUGUACGUAAUGGUUCUGUGAACUCUGACAACCUCAUGUUUACAGAUAUCAGAAUUUUGGGAAUGGACAAAGAGCCAAGUAAUUUUAUUGUAUCUCUUAAUAAUGCUGCCACCCCCAUAUCAAGUGUUGUCUACAGUGCUUCGACAAAGGUGGUGACCAUCACUGAUCUCAAGGGACUGGCUCUGGGACAAGAAUUCUCUAUUGAGUGGGACCUUUUGGUCAGUGACCUAGAGAAGUUUGACUGCAACCCCGAGGAUACUGCUGCCUCUGAGGAGAGCUGCAAACAGCUGGGGUGCCUCUGGGAGCCCACAGCUACUCCUGGUGUGCCCACCUGUUACUAUGACACCAUCCCUAAUUAUGUGGCCAGUAACAUUCAGUACCUGCCCACGGGCAUCACCACCGACCUCACCCUCCUGGCGGUCCCUGCAUCUGCCCACGCAGCAGCAGCUGCUGUCGUCUCUGAUCGUUUCUCUGAAAAGAUCGGCCUCCUCAGACUGAGUGUGAUCUACCAUACUGAGAGCAUGCUGCAGAUCAAGAUCUACGAUCCCACUAAUAAAAGGUACGAGGUCCCGGUACCUCUGAACCUGCCACACUCACCCAUUGUCUCCCCUGAAAACUGCCUGUAUGAUGUCAGGAUUCAGAACAACCCUUUUGGAAUCCAAAUUCGGCGCAAAAGUUCCCAAACUGUGAUCUGGGACUCUCAACUCCCCGGCUUCACCUUCAACGACAUGUUCCUUUCCAUUUCUACUCGCCUCCCCUCUCAGUAUGUCUAUGGUUUUGGGGAAACGGAGCACACAACUUUCAGAAGAAACAUGAACUGGAACACGUGGGGAAUGUUUGCUCGGGAUGAGCCACCAGCGUACAAGAAAAAUUCCUAUGGUGUCCACCCCUACUAUAUGGCUUUGGAAGAAGAUGGAAAUGCCCACGGAGUGCUCCUGCUGAACAGCAAUGCCAUGGAUGUGACACUGCAGCCCACUCCUGCCCUGACAUAUCGCACCAUAGGAGGGAUUUUGGACUUUUAUAUGGUUUUGGGGCCAACCCCCGAACUGGUAACUCAGCAAUACACUGAGUUGAUUGGUCGGCCAGCAAUGACUCCGUACUGGGCUCUGGGAUUCCAACUGAGUCACUAUGGAUACCAGAAUGAUUCUGAAAUCGCCAGUCUGUAUGACGCAAUGGUGGCAGCCCAGAUCCCCUAUGACGUCCAGCAUGUGGGCAUCGAUUACAUGGACCGGAAGCUGGACUUCACCCUCAGCCCCAGCUUUCAAAACCUCGGUAUACUGAUAGAGCAAAUGAAGAAAAAUGGCAUGAGAUUUAUUCUCAUUCUGGACCCAGCCAUUUCUGGCAACGAGACACAAUAUCUCACCUUCACCAGAGGACAGGAAGACAACGUGUUCAUCAAAUGGCCUGACACCAAUGACAUUGUCUGGGGAAAGGUUUGGCCAGAGCUGCCCAAUGUAAAUGUGGAUGAAUCCCUUGAUUAUGAGACUCAGGUCACGCUGUACAGGGCCCACGUCGCUUUCCCCGAUUUCUUGCGUAACAGCACAGUUGCAUGGUGGAAGAAAGAGAUCGAAGAGCUCUAUGCAAACCCCAGGGAGCCAGGGAAGAGCUUGGCGUUCGAUGGACUGUGGAUUGAUAUGAAUGAGCCGUCAAACUUUGUGGAUGGAUCUGUUGGGGGCUGCCGCAAUGAAGUUCUUAAUAACCCGCCCUAUAUGCCAUAUUUGGAAUCUAGGGACAAAGGCCUGAGCAGCAAGACCCUGUGCAUGGAGAGUGAGCAGAUCCUGCCAGAUGGCUCCCGGGUGCGACAUUAUGAUGUGCACAGCCUGUACGGGUGGUCCCAGACCAGACCCACCUACGAGGCUGUACAGGAGGUGACUGGCCAGCGAGGGAUUGUCAUCACCCGCUCCACAUUCCCCUCUUCUGGCCGCUGGGGAGGACACUCACUGGGAGACAACACAGCUGCGUGGGACCAGCUGGGGAAAUCUAUCAUUGGCAUGAUGGAGUUCAGUCUCUUUGGAAUGUCUUAUACAGGAGCAGAUAUCUGUGGCUUCUUUGGAGAUGCUGACUAUGAGAUGUGUAUUCGCUGGAUGCAGCUGGGGGCCUUUUACCCCUUCUCCAGGAGCCACAAUGCCAAUGGGACAAGGAGGCAAGACCCGGUGGCCUGGAAUUCAACCUUUGAGAACGUCUCAAGGGAAGUCCUGCAGAUCAGAUACACCCUGCUGCCUUAUCUCUACACUCUGAUGCAUAAAGCUCACGUGGAGGGCAGCACUGUCGUCCGACCUCUUCUCCAGGAGUUUACAGAUGACAAGAGGACGUGGGAUAUAGAUCGCCAGUUCAUGUUGGGGCCUGCCCUCUUAAUCAGCCCUGUGCUGGAACCCAACACAUUUGAGAUCAGCGCUUAUUUCCCCAGCGCCCGGUGGUAUGACUACAGCACGGAAUCAGCCUACAGAUCCACAGGUCAGUGGGAGAUGCUGGAGGCUCCCCUAGACCACAUCAACCUUCACAUCAGAGGAGGCUACAUCCUGCCUUGGCAAGAGCCUGCAAUUAACACUUACUACAGUCGACAAUAUUUUAUGGGGUUGACUGUUGCUUUGGACGAUGAUGGGAAGGCCGAAGGUCAGAUGUUCUGGGAUGAUGGACAAAGCAUUGACACAUAUGAAAAUGGAAACUAUUUCUUGGCAAACUUUAUUUCAGCUCAGAACACCUUGCAAAUUCGGGUCAUACACAAUAAGUAUUUGAGUGACUCAAAUUCACUGAAAGUUGGAUAUAUUAAAAUCUGGGGCGUGAACUCUACUUACGUGACACAAGUCAAUUUCACAUACGAAAACCAGCAAUUCAUGGUGACCGAUUUCAAGAGUGACCCUUAUGUUCAGACACUAACUAUUCAGUUGACUGACAAGAGUAUCAGUCUGGAAAAACUAACUGAGGUUGUCUGGCUGCACGGGGAUCCUGCGUUUCCCACUCCGCCUGUCACCAGUGGCUUGCCCAUGAGUCCUGAGCCCUCUCCGUCUGCGACAGCAGCGGCCACUGAGCUUCUCACUAGUCCUGCUACUGCAAGUCCUGCUACCGGCACUCCUGAAAUUUCCGCCACAACCAGUCCUCCAACCCGCUCCACAGGAGCCACGGCUAGCACCACUGGUUCCCCUGCCACCACCAGCCCUGCACCUGCCACCAGUGCCCCUGUCCCUGUCCCAACCACAGCCACCAGUGCCCCUGUCACAACCAGCAAUGCCACUGCCACCAGUGCCCCUGUCCCUGUCCCAACCACAACCACCAGUGCCCCUGUCACCACCAACCCUGCCGCUGCCACCAGUGCCCCUGUCACCACCAGCAAUGCCACAGCCACCAGUGCCCCUGCCACCACCAGCAAUGCCACAGCCACCAGUGCCCCUGUCACCACCAGCCCUGCCACUACCACCAGUGCCCCUGUCCCUGUCCCAACCAUAGCCACCAGUGCCCCUGCCACCACCAACCCUGCCGCUGCCACCAGUGCCCCUGCCACCACCAGCCAUGCCACUACCCCCAGUGCCCCUGCCACCACCAGCCAUGCCACUACCCCCAGUGCCCCUGCCACCACCAGCCCUGCCGCUACACCCAGUGCCCCUGCCACCACCAGCAAUGCCACUGCCACCAGUGCUCCUGCCACCACCAGCCCUGCCACUGCCACCACCACCAGUGCCCCUGCCACCCCCAGCCCUGCCACUGCCACCAGUGCCCCUACCAUCACCAGCCCUGCCACUACCCCCAGUGCCCCUGCCACCACCAGCAAUGCCACUACCCCCAGUGCCCCUGUCACCACCAGCCCUGCCACUACCCCCAGUGCCCCUGCCACCACCAGCAAUGCCACUACCCCCAGUGCCCCUGCCACCCCCAGCCCUGCCACUACCCUCAGUGCCCCUGCCACCACCAGCAAUGCCACUACCCCCAGUGCCCCUGCCACCACCAGCUAUGCCACUACCCCCAGUGCCCCUGCCACCACCAGCAAUGCCACUACCCCCAGUGCCCCUGCCACCCCCAGCCCUGCCACUACCCUCAGUGUCCCUGCCACCACCAGCAAUGCCACUACCCCCAGUGCCCCUGCCACCACCAGCUAUGCCACAGCCACCAGUGCCCCUGUCACCACCAGCCCUGCCACUACCCCCAGUGCCCCUGCCACCACCAGCCCUGCACCUGCCACCAGUGCUCCUGUCACCACCAGCCCUGCCACUACCCCCAGUGCCCCUGCCACCACCAGCAAUGCCACUACCCCCAGUGCCCCUGCCACCACCAGCCAUGCCACUACCCCCAGUGCCCCUGCCACCACCAGCCCUGCAACUGCCACCAGUGCCCCUGCCACCCCCAGCCCUGCCACUACCCCCAGUGCCCCUGUCACCACCAGCCCUGCCACUGCCACCAGUGCCCCUGUCACCACCAGCCCUGCCACUACCCCCAGUGCCCCUGCCACCCCCAGCCCUGCCACUACCCCCAGUGCCCCUGUCACCACCAGCCCUGCCACUACCCCCAGUGCCCCUGUCACCACCAGCCCUGCCACUACCCCCAGUGCCCCUGCCACCACCAGCCCUGCCACUACCCCCAGUGCCCCUGUCACCACCAGCCCUGCCACUGCCACCAGUGCCCCUGUCACCACCAGCCCUGCCACUGCCCCCAGUGCCCCUGCCACCACCAGCAAUGCCACAGCCACCAGUGCCCCUGCCACCCCCAGCCCUGCCACUACCCCCAGUGCCCCUGUCACAACCAGCCCUGCCACUACCCUCAGUGCCCCUGCCACCACCAGCCCUGCCACUACCACCAGUGCCCCUGCCACCACCAGCCAUGCCACAGCCACCAGUGCCCCUGUCACCACCAGCCCUGCCACUGCCCCCAGUGCCCCUGCCACCACCAGCAAUGCCACUGCCACCAGUGCCCCUGCCACCCCCAGCCCUGCCACUACCCCCAGUGCCCCUGUCACAACCAGCCCUGCCACUACCCUCAGUGCCCCUGCCACCACCAGCCCUGCCACUACCACCAGUGCCCCUGCCACCACCAGCCAUGCCACAGCCACCAGUGCCCCUGUCACCACCAGCAAUGCCACAGCCACCAGUGCCCCUGUCACCACCAGCAAUGCCACUGUCACCACAAUGCCACUGCCACCAGUGCCCCUGUCACCACCAGCCCUGCCACUGUCACCAGUGCCCCUGUCACCACCAGCAAUGCCACAGCCACCAGUGUCCCUGUCACCACCAGCCCUGCUACUACCCCCAGUGCCCCUGCCACCACCAGCCCUGCACCUGCCACCAGUGCCCGUGUCACCACCAGCCCUGCACCUGCCAGCAGUGCCCGUGUCACCACCAGCAAUUGCCCCUGCCACCACCAGCCCUGCCACUACCACCAGUGCCCCUGCCACCACCAGCAAUGCCACUGCCACCAGUGCCCCUGUCACCACCAGCCCUGCCACUGUCACCAGUGCCCCUGUCACCACCAGCCCUGCCACUGUCACCAGUGCCCCUGUCACCACCAGCAAUGCCACAGCCACCAGUGUCCCUGUCACCACCAGCCCUGCUACUACCCCCAGUGCCCCUGCCACCACCAGCCCUGCACCUGCCACCAGUGCCCGUGUCACCACCAGCCCUGCACCUGCCAGCAGUGCCCCUGCCAGCACCAACAAUGCCACAGCCACCAGUGCCCCUGCCACCACCAGCAAUGCCACAGCCACCAGUGCCCCUGUCACCACCAGCAAUGCCACAGCCACCAGUGCCCCUGUCACCACCAGCAAUGCCACUGACAGCAGUGCCCCUGUCACCACCAGCAAUGCCACAGCCACCAGUGCCCCUGUCACCACCAGCAAUGCCACAGCCACCAGUGCCCCUGCCACCACCAGCAAUGCCACAGCCACCAGUGCCCCUGUCACUACCAGCAAUGCCACUGACAGCACCACCUUCUGUGUCAGCGCUGUGAAUGCUGCAGCCAGUUCAGCUGUUCCAGAUACAGCUCGUCCCCUGGUGCCCCUGCUGCCCCUGCUGCCCGCCGCCGCGGUCAGUGCUGCCCUACCCGUGGCCUCCGCUGCCAGCACUGCUGCUGCGCUUGUUGCCUCAUCUGCUUCUUCCCUAAAAUGCACUAGUCACGUCGGCAGAGCACGUGACUCCUCCCUGCAGCUCCUCCUGUGCCAGGGCUGGUGA